AUGGCUCGAAUUUGGCGCCCAGGUCAGUUGAGACCAGUUCGAUUAUACCGUCUGGUCACAGCUGGUGGUAUGGAAGAGAGAAUAUUUCAACGGCAAGCAGCUAAGUUGGCUUUAACUAGUCAAACACUAGUCAAUUCAUCAAUGUACAACAAUAACAAUCAUUUGUAUAAUUUUAUUGAUAAAAAGUCGAAUACAAAGUCUGGAAUACUUACUCGAGAUGAAUUGAAGGAACUAUUCCUAAUUCCAAAUACACAAACAGUAUCAUGGACUCAUGAUUUAAUUCAAUGUAAUUGUCAACAAUCUAUUGAAGUCGAAGUAAAUUCUAUUCACACACCAAGUCCAUCUCUUUCAACAUCCUCGUCUUCUGGCCUAUCCAAUAAUAAUGAUCCAGUUAAAUUGGAACAUGAUAAAGAGAAUAUUAGGCAAAGAGACCAACCAAUGCAUAAAGACACUGCUAGUACUGCUGUUUCUGCUGCUGACGAUGAUGAUUGUGAUUUUGAUGAAGAUUCUGACGGUGAAUUCUCUGAUAUUCGUGUAUUUCAAUUAAGUACUAUUAAUCCACAUUCAGUGGGCAACAGUGCUAAUAUGCUGAAAUCGCCUAAAUCACAAUUCAACUUUAUUAAACAACAAUCAAUGUUAUCCUCAUCAAAAUCAUCGUCAACAUCUUUGACAAGAAGCAAUUCAUCAUCUACAAAGACAACAUCGUCGUCGUCUGAUUCACUUGGUUUCUUGUUGAAUUGGAAACAUUCUUUAUCUGUGGGUCAAAUGAGUCAAUUGGAAGAUCCAUUGUUGAUUAACAAUUGUCAAUUAGAUCCUAUGGCAUCUUUAAUUAGUUGUAUAUUUACACUGGAGACAAAAACAGGAUAA